AUGUCGAGCGAUACUGAUGAAGAGAAGGACGGCAACCAGAAGAAAGAUGACAAAGGCAAAGGUCAGGCAUCGCUCGGGGCCCGUCAUACUCAGAGCUUCAAGAGAGGUGGAGCUAGUUCUAGUUCUUCGAGUGGUGGCUUCAGUGCCACUGGGCAGGGUCGUGGGGGUAGAUUUUCUGGUGGCGCUAGAGGCCAGAGGCAGGGCGAUGGUGGGCGAGGCAGAGCCCCUAUUUGCCGCAGGUGUAACAACCGACAUUUCGGUGAGUGUAGACGUGGUAGCAACGGUUGUUUCACAUGUGGACAGGUGGGACAUAGAGCGGCAAAUUGUCCCCAGGGUCAGCAGCAGCAGAAACCACAGCAGACCUUUAUGCCACCGCCUGCACCACUCCAGCAGAUCCAGGGUCCUAGUAGUUACAGCCAGACGGGUCGAGGUGGUGCUUACCACUAUCAGGGUGAUGCUGUCCCUUAUGCUCCGGGGCAGUAUCAGUACCCUCAGGAUCCCUAUUCCCAGGGUGGCUAUCCCCAGUAUUCGGGCGGCUAUGUGCCGUAUCCUCCAGCCCCAGCGGGUGGUUCACAGUGGUAUCAAGGAGGACAGUAUCAGCAGGGGGAGAUUGCCACUAGCAGUGCAGGAUCUUCGAGACAGUCGGGCCAGCCCAGUCAGGGGCGUGGUGCUCAGGGACGCGGUGUUCAGGCGAGCCGAGGCCGCGGUGGGCGUCAGCAGGGACAGGG